UUUUUUUAGUAUAAAAUUUCUGCAAUAACAAGAAGGCAACAAGGAAGCCGGCUAGAAAAGUAAACAAGGAAGAAGAAGAAGAAAUCAAGAACAAGCAUAUCAGAAUUCUGGGUAAUGGCGAUCGGAGUUUGAGCUUUGAAGUUGAAAGUUGCCGUCGCCGGAGUUUACAAUUCUGGGUCCAUUUUGUUGUAUUUCUACUCACCCGAUCUCUUACAUGGCGAUCUCUUUAAAGAAGUUGGUUUCAUGCGUCAUUCUUGACUUAGAUGGUACACUUUUAAAUACAGAUGGAGUUGUGGCUGAAGUUUUAAAGGUCUAUUUGGUUAAGUAUGGGAAGAAAUGGGAUGGAAGAGGAGCUCCUAGAAUUGUAGGAAAGACACCAUUGGAAGCUGCAGCUUCCAUUGUUGAAGAUUACCAACUUCCCUUGUCCAUUGAUGAAUUUGUUUCUGAAAUUACACCAAUGUUCUCUGAGAAAUGGAACGAUAUUAAAGCGCUUCCAGGUGCAGACAGGUUAAUCAAGCAUCUAAGGAGUAACAAUGUGAAAAUGGCAUUGGCUUCCAACUCUUCAAGGAGUAAUAUUGAAAAUAAGAUUUCCAAACACCCUGGAUGGAAAGAGUCAUUUUCUACCAUUAUUGGUGGUGAUGAAGUUACAGCAGGAAAGCCAUCUCCUGAAAUAUUCAAUGAAGCAGCUAGAAGACUCAAUGCCGAUCCUUCUGAGUGCCUUGUGAUUGAGGAUUCAAUACCAGGCGUAAUUGCUGGUAAGGCUGCUGGAAUGGAAGUAGUUGUUGUUCCAUCUCUUCCAAAACAGACCCAUCUUUUCACUGCAGCAGAUGAAUUGAUUAAUUCUCUUCUCGACUUGCGUCCAGAAAAAUGGGGACUUCCUCCUUUCAAAGAUUGGGUUGAAGGAACUCUGCCUUUAGAACCUUGGCAUUUAAGAGGUCCUGUUAUUAAAGGAUAUGGUCGUGGUUCAAAGGUUCUUGGAAUUCCUACAGCCAAUUUGUCAGCCGAGGGCUUCUCUGAUACGCUGUCAGAACAUCCUUCGGGUGUAUAUUUUGGUUGGGCUGGAUUGUCAGGACGAGGAACUUACAAGAUGGUGAUGAGUAUCGGAUGGAACCCGUAUUUUAACAAUGCUGAAAAGACUAUAGAGCCAUGGUUGCUUCAUGAAUUCAACGAGGAUUUUUAUGGGGAGGAAUUAAGACUUGUGAUUGUUGGCUAUAUACGCUCAGAGGCGAAUUUUCCAUCACUUGAUAGCUUAAUUGAGAAAAUCCAUGAUGAUGGAAGAAUUGCUGAUAGAGCACUUGGACUUCCCUUAUACUCCAAAUACAAGCAAGAUUCAUAUUUAUUGUCAUUGGACAAUGGUAAGCUAUAGUUAGUAAUCAUCAUAAUAAUGAUGCUAUUUGAUAAAUUUGUCAUUCAAUGAAGAAACUGUCAUACCACCACUCCACUAGGGGUGGCCAUGUAACCCGAAUAUAUCGAAUAAUACGCCAAAACCAACUGAACCGUUAUCGAAACAAUCCUUAAUCUGUUUAAACUGAAGUUAAACCGAGCUUUACCAGUUUGAAGUUGGUUUAAACAGGUCAGUCAUUCAACAGACUUUGAAUGCUCCAAAACACCAGGCAUUAGCUACUUCUUUUU